CGCACUUACCCGUGCGUUUUGAACGUUUUGACCGCUUUCUGAACAGCUGUUCAGUUUUGAGAGUGCGCCUCUCGCGGGCGUAUGUGAGUGUGUCCUGUGUCAGUGUGUGUGCGAUUUUACGGCUCCACGGAUGUGCCAACUCUCUCGUCUCGUCCGCCUAGUGAUAGUAAGUGCUGUUGAUUACGGUGAUUAAUUCGCGAUGUGCAGUGACUUGUUAAGUUUCGAAUUGUUUCUUUUUCUUCGUUUGUCGUCCUCUAAUUCAUGGGUGGUUAUCUUUUGCUCGUAACUAGAUUGAUGCCCCAAAAUGAGCUCCUCAACUGUCGAAGAACUGGAGCUUAUGAAUGACUCCAAAUACAAAGUGUACAUAACAGCAGUGGAUAAGGCUCUGAAGAAUUUUGAGUACUCUACUGAAUGGGCUGAUUUUGUCUCAGCGCUUGCUAAACUAAACAAGGUCAUUCAAAGCCACUCAAAAUUUCCAGUCAUCCCGAGGAAAAUAAAAAUAAGUAAACGCUUGGCACAAUGUAUGCACCCCACCCUUCCGUCGGGGGUUCACAAAAAAGCCUUAGAUACGUACAACACAAUUUUCAAAUGUAUAGGAACGAACCGCUUGAGUCAAGAACUUUUUAUCUACAGCGCAGGUUUAUUUCCCUUAUUGGGUUACGCAGAACAGAGUGUGCGACCCAUCCUUUUAGGAAUUUAUGAAACUCAUUUCGUACCCCUAGGGGAAAGGCUCGGCCCAGCCUUGAGUGGUUUUUUAAGUGGUGUAUUGCCUGGUCUUGAAGAAGGCUACGACUAUUAUGAUAGAACGAUAGAACUUCUUCACAAAGUAUGCGAGGGAGUUGGUCCUCCUAUUUUCUACGGUCAUCUUUGGGAAUGCCUUGCCUCAAACGAAGCCAUCCGAUUGGCUGCCAUAACUUUUAUUUUAGGGAACUUUGACAAGAAAAAAACCAUGGAAGAUCAGCUUUACAUCAUGGGAACAAAUGUUGAUGUAAUGGUAAAUGGGCUGUGUGCGUGUGUGGAAGAUUCGGGUGUUUUGGUACAGAGGAGUGUCUUAGAUCUUUUACUCGUUGGAUUCCCAAUGCAUAAUAAGCAACUAGUUCGAAGUGAUAUGACAAGGAUUGUAACAGCUGCCCUUGACACCUUGCUCCGGAGGGACAUGUCGCUUAACAGGCGUUUGUUUGCAUGGCUUCUUGGGUCGGAGGUGAAUAUGGCAUUAGUUAGUGCAGAAGUGCAGCAGAGCAAAGAAGUCACCUCUCUGGACACGGUAAACUGGUAUUUUGAAACCUACUCAAGGGAACUUCUCACUCAGGCCAUCAAAAUAACUUUAAAUGAAGCAACUAGUCAUAAUCCUCACAAUUUGAAUCCUUACAAAAUUUUGAUCUCAUUAAUUGACAAACCUGAAAUUGGCCCGGUGAUCCUAGACGAUAUAUUGUAUGAAGUUUUCAGGUUACUAUAUUUGUGCUAUCACAAUCCAGGAAGCAAAGCCUCUAAUAGUAGUGAGUUGUUGAAAGCAGCAAAUCUACUUUUUGGAGCUCUUGAGCCUCGUUAUUUAUGGCAAUACACCGGGACUCUCUUCUCUGAUGCUUGUAAGAAUAUGAAGUCUCGCAACUACGAUGAGUAUUCGGAGCAGAAACCUGUUCAACCUGUCGGUAGUGGAUACCCAAUCCUAACAGAAGUCUGUGCUAUAAUUGAAUUUUUAUUAGACGUGGUGCUAUUAGAAACUUACUCGGAGACUCCCAGUGAACUCCUGCCGAGCCUCUUUUUACACAUCAUUACAACACUAACCGAUCAGUGCGACUCUCUUUCGGCCAAUCAAAUGACAGUGUGCCUUCAACUUUGCACAAGACUCCUUUCCCGUAUAACGCCUUCGGUCGUUAUGCCGCAGCCUGUCGACCCACCGGCAGAAGCAACAGUUGUUCCUAAAAGUAAACCUGCACAGCAACCAGGAAAAGCAGUGCCAGUUAAAAGCUUAGAACCAAAGAAAGAAAUGCCCCAACCAUUGAGUAGGGUUGAUGAUUUUAGUAGUAUCGAUUCAGAAGUGUCAACAUUAUCAGAAUUUUUACCAUCAAAAUCCUUGGAAAAUUUAAGUAGUCUAGAUACAAUUACAUUAACUGAAGAUGCCACCUCUCAAAACUUGUCAAUAGCAACAUAUUCAACCCUAGAAGCAAGCACUGCAGAGAGUCCCAACUCCGUAAGGUCAGCUGAACAAAAUUCCAUUAUGGAGAAGUGUUUGAAGCAGUACGAGAAAUUUUAUGUAACUUUUGUUUAUGGAGUUCGUGUAAAAAUAGGUGAAACUAAAGGAGUGUCAGUGUUAUUAGACGCUCUAAAAAUUAAAUCCAAUAUUUCAACAGUUGAAGAUAGAACUAAGCAACUCGAAAAGCUGCUACGAUUAGUUAUAGCCCCUGACUCCUCCUCAAGUGAUAGUUGUGUUGUGCCGUUUAGCUCCACGAGUGAUUCAGCGUUCGCAUUCUCUGAUAGUGAUUACUCAUCAGCAAGAAGUGAGUGCUGCGACUCACUCGGUUCCGUAUGGACCAAGUCCAUGCAUCUGUCUUCCAAGCUCCUAGUCGAGUUUUCAACAUUCCAAACUUCUGUUGGCGACUCUGUGUUAGUUAGAAGAGAGCCAUCUUUAGAAGAUGAGUUGUUACCUGAGUGGUUGCAAGUUCUGAUUGUUUGUGCCUGUUGGUUAGGCACAACUGCCCCAUCCCUUCAAUUGGUUGCCAUAGCUACAUUACUAGACCUCGUUUCCUUAUGUCAGACGCAGAAUCAGCUCCCGCCAAGCAAUCAGCAGGCAGGAAUUAUACCUGUUCUGAUCAUACCUUUACUCAAACCAAACCAUUUAAAUUAUAUCGAAAAUUGUACUAAUUCUUUUCAGAUGAUAGCGUAUUGGUUGUGGAAUCACCUUGGCACACCAAGACACCAAGUGAGAUGUGUCGAAUUAUUACACCAGUUACAAAGUGUUCUUCAUCAUUCUGACAUCACUGAAAAUUGUAUUGGUGAAACUCUUGUGUCACCAGCCUAUUCCGACACUGAGAAGUUGGCAUCUUUUAGGAAAUUUGCCGUAUUGUGGCAUGUUGGACGAGAAGUUACCGGUAGAAUGGGCAACUCUUUGCAAUUAUCAGAUAUUUUUUACAAAUCAAUGCUGAAGAUGUUAGACAAUUUACAACUAUCUGAGUGUCGACCUUUAAAAAUUGAAGCUCAACUAUGGCUUCUACAUUCCUUGUUGCGAGAUGACAUCCACCGAAUGAUUGACCCUCUUCUUUUUAUACUCCUUGACCCUUUGACUGCACGUUUGGGUGUGCUUCAAGCAAAAGUGCAACAAGCAGAUACUAAUGACAAUACAAUAAAACCGUCAUCAAAUGCCGAAGAUCCCAGCAAGAAUACAAAGAUCUAUGCCAUCAGCUCUGUUGACGGAAAUAUCAUGUACCAUGUCUCAGAGAAAUACCAUAACAAGAAAUUAUUUAAAGACCCGUCUGUCAUCCAUACGAAUAAGGGCAAAAAAAUAUUUGCAGUUACAUCUUUAACAAAUAGAGAUGUGUGCUCCGAUAAAAUGAUGAACCAGUUUGUUGAUGAUAAAGCAAUGGAAGCGAUGAACAAAGACACAACUGAUUAUUAUCGGUCUGGCUCAAAAAAUGUUUCAUUGCUAAAAAAUAUCUCUGUAUUUGUGAAUCCAUUUGCAUCCGAUCAGACUACGUCUUCUAUGAAUAAUGACUUUGAUGACUACUUUAUUCAAGAAAGUAAAUCAGAAGAAGACUUUGUUCCUAAACUGACAACACUCAGCCCUGAACCAGCGCUCAAAAAACGAACCAAAUCACCGCUUAGUUUUAAAUUUGAUAAUCGAAAGAGGAAAGAGAAAUCAGCUACUGUUGUUCGGAACAACUCCUACUCUUCAUUAGAAAACUUACGUAAUUCUCUAGUCGUCAAUCCGUCUUCCAUGAUGAUGAAUUCCAUUGACCUGCUCAACUUUUCCAAAAUUUCCGACACCAUUUUCGUCAAAGUUAGUGAUGGUAAAAGUUUUUUCAGCCGGAAAAGCAACAACACACCAACUCGAAAUUCUCUAACUGAUGACAACCUCAUUAAUCUCAGCACAUUGCAGAAUAAUGAUAAUGGUGAGUUGGUGCGUAGCUGGUCAUUUUCAAACACCACCCCUGCCUACAAGCGUUCGAGUUCGCAGCCAGACUUGGAAGAAUCAACGCCUGCAGAUGAGUAUUUUGAGCCUGUUGGUGCAGGAGAAGAACUCAGAUCUACCGAUGAUAUCGUUCGUUCUGUGUUGUUAGAAGUCAUAGACCAAGUUGCCAAAGAUUUGGGAGAAGAAAGUGAACUGGAUGGUAUUUCUCAAGAGAUAAGUGACAGUAAAUCAACACUAGAUACAAUCAGUGUAAAGAGCUCGAGUCUUGUUAUUACUCCACUCAGUGAAGUGGAUAAUCCCUUGGAAAAACCUGCCAAGAAACCUGCUCGAAGUAGUAACUCUCAAAAGUUCCAUUCUUCAACAUCAUCAAAAAGUGCUGACAGUGAUAUCGAUGGAAUCCACUCGCAUCUCCUCCUUUAUACCAACAUCUAUGACUCCACACGCACACUGUAUGCAAUUCAGACCAUCAAGAAUAUCUUGCUCACCAAUGCUCGUGCUUUCUUAUAUGCUGCUGCAACAACUAGCCUCAAUGCUAGAUCUCCGUUACUGAAGCUCCUGGCUAGGCAUCGCAAGUCAAUAUUUGGCCAUGGGUUUUUUAGUGAGACAGAUUCUUCCGGUAUGACAUAUAGCCGCAGCUCCAUGUACUUAGAAGUCCUGAUUCUUAUUUCAUUGUAUUACACAAGGAGUUACUACCUCAACAAUGGACAGUCAAAGCUGACCCUGGAGGAAAUUCUAGGAAACAGACAAGUACAAAUCUCAAGCGUGGAAUUACUCUCCCUCAUCUGUGCUGAAUUGUGUGGAGUUGUGAGGGACAAUGGUCGUGGAUUUGCUUCAUAUCUAGGAGAUCUACUUACGCGUGUGAAAGCUCAAAAUGUUGUGCUCCACUGCAUCCUAGCCAGCGUUCAUCCAGUCACUUCACCUCGCAGCUUUACGCAAGACAUUGUUGCUUUCAAUGAUCAGCUGCCUUCAUCCCCCGAUAGGCAUUCCAUCUACAAUGAGUCCUUUCAAAUACAGUUGUUGAGGUUUCUGAUAUCUCUUCUAAUGUUGGAAUAUGAAAUCAACCAUAAGAAAGGUGAAACAGAAACUGCGGAUGAAAAGUCAAAUAAUACCACUCCAAAUGAAAUCCGUUAUAUUUCUGGGAAACCUAUUCCCCAGCAACCAAUGUUCAUUUCAGCGAUCAUGAAAGCAUUAGAACCUAACGGUCUCUUGCGUCAUAUGCAUCAGCACUGGACAUCACUGGUUACAUGUUCGUUGCCGUAUUUGGGCAAGUCACUGACAAGGAUCAUCACUAGUGUCAUAAAACAGCUCUGCGGUAAUAUUGAGUUGUUGAGUCAAACGUACCAAAACAUGGAGUCGGAAGAGAGUGAAACCAAGUCAAGCUACGCAAGUUGCCCGGUGGAUUAUGCAAUAACACAACUCGAAGCUCUAACCGUACUUUGUCAUUAUUGCUUGUUGGACUCCGCUCAGUCAGUCAAUCAACCACAGCCAGCGCAACUUUAUUCUAAUUUAGCCUUUGUCUGUAUUCCUGCACCUUUCAGUCAGGAGCAGCUGAAGGAAAAUGCAGAAUCCAUAUCAAGUGCUCGCAAAGCUGUUCUUGGAGUUCUUUCUCAAAUUGUAGGAAGUUUAUCUGUUCUUUGGCAAGUUCUUACAAAUAUCAAUCAAAGGUUAAUUCCGCUGAACAGCGUAGCAGGAAGCCCUCGAAUUGUGCGCAGUCAACUUCUAGAGUUGCUUAGUCCAAUAGCAUUACAUCAUGCCUCCAGUUUUCUUGGUGCUGUGGCCACAGUUUGGUAUGACAGACGACCUCUCUCCUCUUCCAGCCAAGUUUUAUCGUCGGCCAAUGAAGAUCAGCAAGUUCUUGUUGAGUUGGUGUCAGCAAUCAAAACUAUGCCCAUCGACACUUUAGUUGUAACCCUUCACAGUCUUGUGAAGCAAGGAGCACCAUAUCAGAGAAAUGGAGAGGUAGCGACUGAUAAUGCCGCAGUACAGCAGGAACAAAAUCCUCACAUAGAGGUCAGUGCCUUGGAGUUAUUUUUGCAUUACGUGCGCACAACUCCUGGACCACACUUGGCGGAGUGCUGGUCUUCCCUCUUUCCUCUCUUGCGUGACGCUCCGAAUCUCCAACCGCCCUCCCAGUUCCUCCUGUUCACCGUGCUCUCUGAAUUUGUUCAUCGCACCAGCUCACCUCUACCUGAUAAGAAAGAUCAGAAAGAUUUACAGGAUAUUACCGCUAAGCUAAUAGAAUCUUGUUCUCAAAUCGGAGGCGCCUGUUUAGAGCAAACCACUUGGUUGAGACGAAAUUUAGCUGUGCGAGAAGAGGAACCAAGCUUGACCUCUAAUAAUGAAAAGGACUCGGAUCGAACAGGUGGAAUGGCUCAACACAGUGUAACAGCGCUGAGUGUCUUGGCACAGUUGCUUGCACCAAUGUUAGAUGUCACCUAUGGUAGUCAAGAAAAGGAACGUGUAGUAACUUUGCUCACAACUUUAAUGUACAACGUAACACCAUACUUGAAAAAUCACUCGCAGCGAAAUGCUAGUAGCUUUUACGCCUGCUCUCAGUUGCUAGCAAGCUUGAGUGGGUUCCAGUACACACGGAAAGCAUGGAAGAAAGAUGCACUCGAUCUCCUAUUGGACCCUGCUCUAUUUCAGAUGGAAGCCAGGUCUCUACCGUUUUGGAAAACCAUCACUGAUAACCUUAUGUCUCAAGACACAACCACCUUCAGGGAUCUCUUGUCUCGAGUAUCUUUUUCUCAGGGCAAUUCCCUCAGCAUUUUUUCAAGUCGUGAACAGGAAUAUGAGCAAAGGGCUCAACUGUUGAAACGGCUAUCUUUUGCGAUUCUCUGCAGCGAACGAGAUCAAUUUUGCAAGCUAAUGCCAGAAAUUCAAGAACGACUGUCCGAAAGUCUGCGGCUACCGACAGUCGUACCUAAUGUACAAGCUCAAGUGUUCCUUUGUUUCCGUGUCCUGCUGAUGCGUAUGUCUGCCCACCGAAUAACGUCUUUGUGGCCUUUCAUUGUCAGUGAAAUGGUUCAAGUGUUUCUUCAUCUAGAACAUGAGCUCUCUAGUGAAACUGAAGAGUGCAGACCUAACUCGAGUUUUACUCCUGUCAACAUUGAAACAAAACUGAACUCGACCUCUACUCAAAUCCGGGGCGUUAACUUGCGGAAACGCUGGCAUCGUAAGAACAAAAUUUUAAAUGGAUCCAGUAGCCCUCAGUCGAAGGAACUCAUUCAAGAGUCCAAGCCAUCUCCCUCCCAGAUCAGAUUGUUGCUAGACUGGCCAUGGACUGGUAAUAGUAAUGGAUUGCAGAGCUCUCUAAUGCAGCCUCAGUGGUUACAACUUGCCCUGGCCGUCGCCAAGCUGUUGGACCUUGCUCUGCGACUCCCGGCAGAUCACUUGCCCCAGUUUCAAAUGUAUCGAUGGGCUUUUGUCGGCAGCUCUGAGCCACCAUCGGAGUCCUCAGUGUCAUCUAAUAAGAGGCCAUUCUCCAAUCAAUUGAAUAGCGAUUUCAUUCCUCAUGUGAACAGGAUAGCCGCAUUGAUGGAUGCAAAGUUUGAUACAUCAAUCCCACCUGACUCAGCAGCUAUUGAUUUGCUGCCAAAUGGCUCGAACAUUCAGCGAGUUCAAGAUUUACAUCCGUUCUUCUCUGUUCUUAGUCGUGGCGUUCCAGCGAGCAUGCAAAACGAACCUCUAGAAAAGCUAGAGCAUGAUCUAGAGCUGGACUUCCUUGAACCAAUGCCACCCAGACAAAGUGUAGUCAUUAGUAGUCAAAGUAUUUCGUAAACGGACUCCCUUCCUUUGUUUCUCUGUGAUUUUAAUUUAAUUAAUCAAUUCAGUUUGCCCUGUAAUUUAAUAUUUCUAAUUUAUUUUUCACGUAAAGAGCUUGGUAGGUUUUUUAAAGGUGAAAAUUCGGUUUGUUUCAAAACCAUUAUCAUUGUUGUAAAUUUUUAUUCUAUUAUUAUAAUUGUUGAAAAUUUAUUUUUUUCGUUUUUUCUCAGAACUAUAUAUACAUUACAAUGAGUAUCUAGCAUCUAUUUUUUACUCUACGGAAGUUGUUUUCUUCACGAACUUUUGUUGCCAGAAUCUAUUUUUCAGAUUGAAUCAGUGUAUAGAUUUUAGUCAUGUUGUUGUGAUAAUGUGCAUAAUAAUUUUAAGUAAUAAAUUUAUUGAAAAUAAAUCACAAUUUAAAUACGUUAAA